UCUCUGCUCUGUGUUUUAUUUAUAUUUCCCACUAACAAAGAAACCCCCAAAUCCAUGGGGUUCUUCGCUUUACAAUCCCAACGCACUUCUCUCCUUCUUCUUCCUCAUCUUCUCCGAUGCCACCAAAUACGUAUAGACUCCUCUUCUUCCCAUUCCUACUCUGUUUCUUCUUCAUCCCCUGUUUCUCCCUAGACGAACAGGGCCAAACUCUAAUCACAUGGAAGUCCCAACUAAACAUCUCCGGCGACACUCUCUCCUCCUGGACCGUCGCCGACGCAUCUCCCUGCAACUGGGUCGGCGUAAAAUGUAACCAGAAAGGAGAAGUCUCCGAGAUAGAACUCAAAGGCUUCGACUUGCAAAUUCCCCCGCCGUUGACAACUCUCCGGAGCCUCAAGUCCCUUACUUCCCUCACUUUAUCUUCACUAAACCUCACCGGAGCAAUCCCAAAGGAGAUCGGAGACUUCCCGGAGCUCAAAGUACUCGACUUUUCGGAUAAUUCCCUCUCCGGCGAAAUCCCUGUGGAAAUCUUCAGUCUCAAGAAACUCGAGACUCUGUCUUUGAACACAAACAAUCUCGAAGGUGUGAUUCCCACAGAGAUUGGGAACCUUACGGGUCUAGUAGAGCUUAUGCUUUUUGAUAACAAGUUGUCCGGAGAGAUUCCGAGGAGUAUCGGAGAUCUCAAGAAUCUCGAAACCUUCCGUGCCGGUGGGAACAAGAAUAUCAAAGGUGAGGUUCCUUGGGAGAUAGGUAACUGCGAGAAUCUAAAAAUGCUUGGUCUCGCGGAGACUAGUCUCUCCGGGAAGCUUCCGGCGUCGAUUGGAAACUUGAAACGCGUUGAGACAAUAGCUAUCUACACGUCAAUGUUGUCUGGUCCGAUUCCAGAUGAGAUUGGAGACUGUACUGAGCUUCAAAAUCUAUACUUGUACCAGAACUCAAUCUCUGGUUCCAUCCCUAGCACUAUCGGAAGUCUAAAGAAGCUGCAGAGCUUACUCUUAUGGGAUAACAACCUCGUCGGAAGAAUCCCAACAGAGCUUGGGAGCUGUCCUGACCUCUGGCUUAUCGAUUUAUCCGAAAAUCUUCUCACGGGGAACAUCCCGAGGAGCUUCGGGAGCCUCAAGAAUCUCCAAGAACUUCAGCUGAGUGUAAACCAAAUCUCCGGAACCAUCCCUGAGGAGCUAGCGAAUUGCACGAAGAUUACGCAUUUAGAGAUCGAUAACAAUUUAAUCACCGGGGAGAUACCGUCGCUGAUGGGUAAUCUCAAGAGCUUGACGAUGUUCUUCGCGUGGCAGAACAAGUUAACCGGUAACAUCCCGGGGAGUUUAUCUGAGUGUGGAGAGCUUCAAGCUAUUGAUCUCUCUUACAAUACUCUCUCUGGUUCGAUCCCAAAGGAGAUUUUUGAGCUACGAAACCUCACGAAGCUGCUUCUUCUCUCCAACGACUUGUCUGGAUUCAUCCCCCCGGAGAUCGGAAACUGUGCAAAUCUCUAUAGGUUAAGACUCAACGGAAACAGACUUGCUGGAAACAUCCCGGCCGAGAUGGGUGAUCUUAAAAAUCUAAACUUUAUUGAUUUAAGUGAAAACCAUCUCGUCGGAGAAAUCCCUCCGGCGAUCUCCGGUUGUGAAAGCCUCGAGUUUCUUGAUCUUCACUCCAACAGUCUCUCCGGUUCUUUCCUCGGUACACUCCCGAAGAGCUUGAAGUUUAUAGACUUCUCCGAUAAUUCCCUAACCGGUUCUCUCCCUCCGGGUAUCGGUUUAUUAACGGAGCUCACGAAGCUAAACCUCGCAAACAACAAACUCUCCGGCUCCAUCCCUGUCGAAAUCUCCACGUGUCUCUCUCUACAGCUUCUCAACCUCGGAGACAACGCAUUCACCGGAGAAAUCCCAAUCGAACUGAGCCAAAUCCAAUCUCUCGCAAUCUCACUAAACCUAAGCUGCAACGCCUUAGUCGGAAACAUCCCUUCGAAAUUCUCCGAUUUGAAAAACCUAGGAGUACUCGACAUCUCUCACAACCAUCUCACGGGGGAAUUAACCGUCUUAUCAGAUAUGCAGAACCUCGUAUCACUCAACGUAUCAUUCAACGACUUCUCUGGAGAAUUACCAAACACUCCUUUCUUCAAAAAACUCCCGCUCUCCGACCUCGCCUCGAACAAAGGACUCUACAUCUCCAACGGGCUAAUAACAUCCUCAACGCGGAAGAUCUCAGCCGUUAAACUAGGAAUCUCAGUCCUCAUCGCAAUCACAGCCGUUUUGAUUCUCCUCGCGGCUUACACUCUCGUCAGGACACGUGCCAUCGCGAGAAAGCACCUCCUCGAUGAAGAAGAAAUCGAUUCAUGGGACGUGACGCUCUACCAAAAACUCGAUUUCGCAAUCGACGACAUCGUUAACAACCUGACGUCAGGGAACGUGAUAGGCACGGGAAGCUCCGGGGUGGUUUACCGUGUGACGAUUCCUUCCGGGGAGACUCUCGCGGUGAAGAAGAUGUGGGCUAAAGAACAGAGCGACGCGUUUAACUCGGAGAUUAACACUCUUGGUUCGAUUCGUCAUAGGAAUAUUGUGCGUCUUCUUGGUUGGUGCUCGAAUCGGAAUCUGAAACUGUUGUUUUACGAUUUUCUCCCUAACGGAAGUUUGAGUUCUCGGCUUCACGGGGGCGGGAAAGGAGGUGGAGGUGGAGUUAGUUGGGAGGCGAGAUACGACGUCGUUCUUGGUGUGGCUCACGCGCUUGCGUAUCUGCAUCAUGAUUGUCUUCCCGCGAUUAUUCACGGUGACGUUAAAGCUAUGAAUGUCUUAUUGGGCCCACAAUUCGAGCCUUAUUUAGCCGAUUUCGGUUUAGCGAGAACCGAUACCGGAAUUGAUUUAUGUAAACCGAGUAAUCGGCCUCCUUUGGCUGGUUCUUAUGGUUACAUGGCUCCGGAGCAUGGUUCAAUGCAACGUAUAACCGAGAAGAGUGAUGUAUAUAGUUACGGAGUGGUAUUACUAGAGGUUUUAACCGGGAAGCAUCCAUUAGACCCGGAUCUACCAGGAGGUGCACAUUUGGUUAAGUGGGUGAGAGAUCAUUUAGCUGAGAAGAAAGAUCCGAGCAAGCUUCUUGACCCGAGACUUAAUGGACGGACAGAUCCGAUUAUGCAUGAGAUGCUUCAAACACUUGCGGUCGCGUUCCUUUGUGUGAGCAACAAGGCAAGUGAAAGGCCUAUGAUGAAAGAUGUUGUGGCAAUGCUCACAGAGAUUAGGGAUACUGAUGUUGGACGGUCGGAGAUUGAUAAGAUGAAGAGUAGUGGUUGCGGAAGCAAAGAGCCGCAAAUGAUAUCGCAUGAGAAAAUUAUUAUCGCUCACGGUUCGUCUAAUUGUUCAUUUGCCUUCUCGGAUGACUCUGUUUGAAACAUACUAACGGUGAAUAGUGUGAAAUUGUGUGUGUGUGUUUACAAAGUUGUGUGAAUAUCUUUUUGUUGGAACUUUAAGCAUUUUGAAAUGUUUUUGUGUAAUCAAUGUGAGGGGGAUCACAACAAAAAGGCGAAUAAUUGCAAUUGUUUGUUUUCUUUCUGUAAUCUUAAACUUCAAGUAAUGUAAUCAGCAUAAAACAAGUUAACAUGAGGAGACAUGCCAUACUUU